GUUUGGUGAAAUUUUUUCAGGUUUGAGGUUCAUCCAGAGAAAGCCAUGUCUCAAGCAGUGCCCAUCCUUGCCGAGCCAUGUCCUGCUACGACCUGUGCCUGCCCUCCUCCUGCGGUCCCCGGCCCCUGGCCACCAGCUGCACCCAGCGCUGCUUCCGCCGCUGCAGGGACUCCGCCGCCUUCAUCCAGCCGCCCACGGUCGUGGUCACGCUGCCCGGGCCCAUCCUCAGCUCCUUCCCGCAGAACACCACGGUGGGCUCCACGGCGUCGGCGGCGGUCGGGAGCUACCUGCGCUGCUGCGGCAUCCCUGUGGGCUCCCGGGGGCUGGGCAAGGCGGGACUGCUGUGCCUGCGCUCCGGGCUGUAG